CACAUGGACCGUGCCUUGACCGUGGAAGACAUCAUGCCACUUGACAGGACUCUGUAUGACAAGAUGCGGCCUCCGAAGAAGGACGGGAAGGCUACACAGGUGUACUUCCAUGUCACUGUCAUGGGAAUCGAUUCUAUCAACGAGAAUUCAAUGACAUAUGCGGCAGAUAUUUUCUUUGCACAGACAUGGACAGACCAUCGCCUCAGACUACCGGAGAAUAUGACGUCAGAGUAUAGGCUCCUCGACCUCGACUGGCUCAAGGCCUUGUGGCGACCCGACAGCUUCUUCAAGAACGCCAAGCAAGUCACCUUCCAGACCAUGACGAUCCCAAACCAUUACGUGUGGCUCUAUCAGGACUUCAGGAUCCUGUACAUGGUGAAGCUGACGCUCGUCCUGUCCUGUGCAAUGAACUUUGCAAUCUAUCCACACGACACGCAGUUUUGCAAGUUGCAGAUGGAGAGCUUGUCCCAUACCACCGAAGAGCUCGUGUUCGAGUGGGACCCGGAUGUGCCCUUGGCCGUGGAUGACCGAAUCGAACUACCGCAGCAGGACAUCGUCAAGAAUUACACCUCUGACUGUUCGCAGGUGUACUCUACAGGGAACUUCACGUGCCUGGAGGUGAUAUUCCAGCUGAAAAGGCGUUUGGGUUACUACGUCUUCCACACGUACAUCCCUACGUGCUUGAUCGUCAUCAUGUCCUGGGUCUCCUUCUGGAUCAAGCCCGAGAUAGCCCCAGCCCGCGUGACCCUCGGCGUGACCUCGCUGCUGACCCUCUUCACCCAGCAGGCCAAGUCGCAAGCUUCUCUGCCGCCGGUCUCGUACAUCAAGACCAUUGAUAUAUUCAUGUCGUCGUGCACAGUGUUCGUGUUCAUGGCGCUGAUUGAGUAUGCCAUUGUCAACAUCAUCCUGGGCGACGGAUCGGGAGAUGCUGCCAAGGGACCCCCCAAACCGGAUCCCAAAGCAAGCAAGGCCACUGAUUUGGCUAUUAAGGAGAGUCGCCGCUUCCUGCUGGGGGAGCCGCCGAAGCCCGCAGGCCCUUCGCCAGCCCAGCUCCGUCGGGCAAGGGCGCUUAUGGUGGAUAGGAUGUCUCGCUAUAUCUUCCCUGUGUCCUUCACAAUGCUGAAUAUCAUAUACUGGAUUAGCUUUAGGGAGUACUUGUAGGGCUGUGUCGCGAAGGGGUCGGUAGGGGUUGUGUCAGAUUUUUU